AUGUUCCGGUUCCACUCUAAAUGGAGCAGCGACUUUAAUCACUGACAGUCAUGGAGCUGACGGCGAAGGAGCGGCAGCAGGUGGAGCAGCAGGUGGAGCAGCUGCUGAGCGGCCAGGGGUCAGAGGUCAGCCUGUGUGAUGUGGGUCUGGAGCUGAGCAAGCCGGCGGUUCUCAGGAAGAACGUCACCUACAUCGUCUGUGGCGUCGUUUUCAACGAUCAGGAGGAGGUGCUGAUGGUGCAGGAGGCCAAGCAGGACUGCUACAAGCAGUGGUACCUGCCAGCAGGGAGGGUGGAGGUGGGGGAGAGCCUGGAGGAGGCGCUGAGGCGGGAGGUGAAGGAGGAGGCGGGCUUCGACUGCCAGCCAAUCACCUUGCUGCUGAUCCAGGAGCAGGGACCGCAGUGGAUCCGCUUCGUCUUCCUCGCCCGGAUCACAGGAGGAAGCAUGAAGACUCUGACGGCGGCUGACCAGGAGUCGCUUCAGGCGUCCUGGUGGGACAGACAGGCGUCCCUCCCCCUCCGAGGACGGGACAUCCUGCGCCUCAUCGAACACGGACUCAGGUACCACAGGAAUCCGUGGCAUCCCGUCACGCUGCCUCUGGACAUGAGCUGCCGUCACGUCGUCCAGAGGAUCCUCCUGGUGUUCGUCGGCGCCGACAAGCAGAUCUGGGUCCUGGUGGUCCGUGCCCCGGCCCCCCACCUCCCCACCGCGGCGGCCCUCAGGACCCACGCCGUCACCUGGGCGUCCAACAUGGUGGUCCAGGAGGCCCUGCCGUCGUCCUACUACGACCACGACGUCAACACGCUGGGCCUCAUCAGCCUGCAGCACAACGGCCGGCAGCACGGCAAGACGGACGGCGUCUGCCUCAACACGCUGGUGGCGCUGGUGCCGGACCGGGCGCAGCGGGACGAGGACGGGCUGCAGGUGGAGUGGCCGGCGGCGGUGACGCCUCCUCCGGUGGAGAACACUCGCUAUGUCUGGAUGGAGGUCCAGGAACCGGCGCUGAAGGAGAGACUGCUGCAGGAAACCCAGAACCCUUCUCUGUUCCCCAUCCAGAGCCUGUACUGAUGCU